AUGUCCCUCUGCUGAGCAGCAGGAAGGCUCGCAUUUUUAUGUUACCCACAGCAGCAGCAGGAGAAGGCAAACAUGUCUGGUAUUGCAGCUAAAUUAGCCAAGGACAGAGAAACAGCAAGGGGCUUAGGCUCCAAUGAAAAAGCCAUUAAAUACCUCAAUCAGGACUUUGAGACACUGAGGAAGGAGUGCCUUGAGGCGGGGAAACUCUUCCAAGAUCCAUCCUUCCCUGCAGCUGCCUCUUCUCUGGGGUACAAAGAAUUGGGACCAAAUUCAUACAAAACUCAGGGCAUCGUAUGGAAGAGACCAACGGAGCUGUGCUCUAAUCCUCAGUUCAUUGUUGGAGGUGCCACCCGCACAGAUAUCUGCCAAGGAGCCUUAGGAGACUGCUGGCUCCUGGCAGCCAUUGCAUCUCUCACCCUGAAUGAAGAGGUUCUCGCCCGAGUGGUUCCCAAAGAUCAGAGCUUCCAGAGCAAAUAUGCAGGAAUCUUCCACUUCCAGUUCUGGCAGUUUGGGGAGUGGGUGGAUGUUGUGAUUGACGACAGGCUGCCCACCAAAAAUGGAGAGCUGCUCUUUGUGCAUUCAGCAGAGGGGACUGAGUUCUGGAGUGCCCUUCUGGAGAAGGCCUACGCCAAGGUGAAUGGAUCAUAUGAGGCUCUCUCAGGAGGGGCCACCACUGAAGGCUUUGAGGACUUCACAGGUGGAAUUGCAGAGUGGUACGAGCUGCAGAAGGCACCCCCCAACCUGUUCAAAAUCAUCCAGAAAGCUCUUCAAAAAGGCUCUCUCCUUGGAUGCUCCAUUGACAUCACAAGUGCAGCUGAGACAGAGGCAGUCACUACUCAGAAGCUGGUGAAAGGACAUGCAUACUCUGUCACAGGAGCAGAAGAGGUGAAUUUCCGAGGAAGCAUGCAGAAGUUGAUCAGAAUCCGAAAUCCCUGGGGGGAAGUAGAGUGGACUGGAAAAUGGAAUGAUAACUGCUCAAACUGGAAUGGCAUUGAUCCUGCAGUGAGAGAGAGACUGACUAGGAGGCAUGAAGAUGGGGAAUUUUGGAUGUCAUUCAAUGAUUUCCUGCGACAUUACUCCCGCCUUGAAAUCUGCAACCUAACUCCAGACACGCUGGCGACUGACACCUACAAAAAGUGGAGCCUGACCAAGCUGGAUGGAAACUGGAGGCGUGGCUCUACUGCGGGGGGCUGCAGGAAUUUCCCAAAUACUUUCUGGACAAAUCCACAAUACCUGUUUAAACUGGAGGAAGAAGAUGAGGAUCCUGAUGACCCUGAGAAGGGCUGCACCUUCUUGGUUGGCCUAAUUCAGAAGCACCGCCGGAGGCAGAGGAAGAUGGGAGAGGACAUGCACACAAUUGGCUUUGCCAUCUAUGAGGUGCCUUCACAGUUUUCAGGCCAGACAAACGUUCAUCUGAACAAAAACUUCUUCUUAACAAAUCGAGCAAGAGAAAGAUCCAACACUUUUAUCAACCUCCGAGAGGUACUGAAUCGAUUCAAGCUCCCUGCAGGGCAGUACAUCAUCGUGCCGUCUACCUUUGAACCCGACAAGAAUGGGGAUUUCUGUCUCAGAGUCUUUUCUGAAAAGGCUGCAGAUUCAGCGGUGGUAGAUGAUGAAAUCGAGGCCAAUGUUGAAGAGAUUGACAUUAGGGAAGACGACAUUGCAGCCAGUUUCAAAAAGCUUUUUGGACAACUGGCCGGAGAGGAUGCUGAGAUCUCUGCCUUUGAACUGUGCAACAUCCUGAAAAAAAUCAUGGCUAAACAAAAAGACAUUAAAUCAGAUGGCUUCAGCAUUGAGACAUGUAAAAUAAUGGUGGAUCUGCUAGAUUCUGAUGGAAGUGGAAAGCUGGGACUGAAAGAAUUUCAUACCCUCUGGACAAAGAUUCAGAAAUAUCAGAAAAUUUACAGGGAAAUUGAUGUUGAUCGUUCUGGUACCAUGAACUCCUACGAGAUGCGGCGAGCAUUAGAAACAGCAGGCUUCAAGCUGAAUUGCCAGUUGCAUCAAGUCAUCGUGGCCCGUUUUGCAGAUGAGCAGCUCAUCAUUGACUUUGACAAUUUUGUCAGGUGCUUGAUUCGGCUGGAAACUUUGUUCAAAAUAUUUACAAAACUGGAUGCUGCAAAAACAGGGACAGUGGAGAUGAACCUUAACACUUGGCUGUGUUUUACUAUCAUUUGAAGCAGAGCCUACAAUCAUCUGAAAACUUCUUGUGAAAAAUCUGGACCAUGAAAAAUGUGUGCAAUACGCAAGGGGGAAACAAAAUACACUGUAUGCCAACAUUGAUAGAUGCCUUAUAUUUAUGAAUGGCACUGAUUUGCACCAAUGUGGAGGUGGCCACAGAAAGAGUAUUAUAGCAUCAGAACGCCAAAGCUCCAGUGCAAAUGCUUGCUGUCUCAUUAUAUGGACUGGGUGAUUUUUUUUUAUUUUUUUUUUUUUACUAUCUUUUAUAACCUCUCUGUGAAAGCUUUAAUUUUUAUAUAUAUAUUCUUCAGUUGUAUUUAACGAGCUAGCUUGUUUAAUUAGGAAGUUAUUUAAAAGUGCAAGUAACCAUGAAUCUCGUCUGAAGAAAAGCUAGGAACAAAGCUUGUAAUUCCUUGUCAUUUGAGGGAAGAGAGGGCAAUGGCAUCUUACUCAAAAUUGCAAACCAAGUGGCAAGGCUGAUGAAAGAAGGCAGCACAGAGGUUAUUUAAAAAAAAAACCCAAACAAACAAAAACUUUUAGAAGUGCUGUGCCUUUUUUCCCCCCCCUACAAGCUAGAGCACAAUGGACAAGGUUUCCUUUUAAAUCCACAGUGCAACGAACAGAUGCUAUAUUGUACUGCAUUCUCUUAACCCCAUUCAGUGAGAUUUGAUGUUUCAGACACAUGAUCUACAACAUUUUCUGAGUUCAGGCAAAGAAUCAAAGCAGUUUGACCAGCAGGAAAGCUAUACACCAAAAAGAGAGAACAGGAUCCAACUCUAACACUCAAUCAGCAUGUAAAAAGACUGUCACCAAUACCUGGGUCUACAACCAAAACUCCAGGAGAACACCGCUGGUGCCAGGCACAGGAAGGGAAGCAACUGCCAGUUCUCAACUAUCAAAUCAAAAAGGAAGCCUUGUUUACAUCCAUUAUGUAGUACAA